AAAGACCGAAUGCAAUUGCAUUGUGGGAAAAAGGAGCUAGUCGCCAUCUUGCUUUAGCGCCGCAAGUUAUCAGGGUAGAAUAAUAACCACGUUUGAAUGAAUAUUUCUGAGACAUUCGAGUGUUUUAACAAUUCAAUUUGAGCAUAUAUUGCAGGUAGUGGGGUGUACGAGUGUGUAGGUGGAACACCGUGUUGUUUAUUUGGAAUAUUUCCGACUUUUAGAAGUAGUGAACUGGGAUUUUUGUUUUUUUAGACUUGAGGUGAUCAUGGGUCGGUCUAGAAGUCGCAGUUCGUCCCGUUCCAAACACUCCAAAAGCAGCAAGCACAGCAAAAAACGGAGCCGGUCGCGUUCACGGGACAAAGAGAGGACCAAGAAACGAUCCAAGUCCCGUGAAGCGAAGAGGAACCGGCGCAGAGAAUCACGUUCUCGUUCCCGGUCAGCUACAGCAUCGACCCGUAGGGAAAGGGAGAGAGCGGUCACACCGCCGGAGAGAAUUGACAUAUUCGGCAGGACACUGAGCAAGAGAAGCGCCUUGGACGAAAAACAGAGGAAAGAGGAAGAGGAGAAGAAAGUCGAAAUGGAAAGACAGAGGAAGAUCAACCCUCCCCUCUUUCUCUCGCCACCCUUGCCGUGCAGCCGGCAGGUGGAGGUAGAGGAGAAGCUGAUCGAGGAGGAGACGGCGCGUCGCGUGGAGGAACUGGUGGCCAAGCGGGUGGAGGAGGAGCUGGAGAAACGUAGAGACGAGAUCGAGCGGGAGGUGCUGCGACGUGUGGAGGAGGCCAAGCGCAUCAUGGAGCACCAGCUGUUGGAGGAGCUGGAGAAACAGAGGCAGACGGAGCUACAGGCCCAGAAGGCCAGAGAGGAGGAGGAACGAUCCAAACGGGACGAGCUGGAGAAAAUCCUGGAGGAGAAUAACCGCAAGAUCGCCGACGCUCAGGCCAAGCUGGCUGAGGAGCAGUUGCGUAUCGUAGAGGAGCAGAGAAAGAUUCACGAGGAAAGGAUGAAGCUGGACCAGGAUCGCCAGCGGCAACAGAAGGAGGAACAGAAAAUGAUCCUGGGCAAAGGAAAGUCCCGGCCCAAGCUCUCCUUCUCCCUCAAAGCCACCGAAUGAGUCUCCCAUCCCUCCUCUCUUCCUUCUCCUGCCCUUCUCAUCCCACCCAGCACUCUGCUCCUCCUCCUCCUCUCUGGAACGCUAGCUGUGUGGAAGGCUGAAUGAAGGGUAGCCCACGGCACCGUCCUGCUCUACAGACCUUUCCCAACCAAGCCUUGGAGGGAGGCCCACCCACCUUCAAACACCUGUCUCGCCGCUUGACCCCUUUGACCCCCCCCCCAACACACCCAGUGACUAUUGUUUGUGCUUUUUUAUUUUUAUUUUUAAGUAUUUGAUCUGUCACUACUUGGUCUUCUUACUGAGGCCCGCGAGCGGUUGAGUGACCUCUGUUUCCACAGGGUGUUCUGUUGAAGCUUAUUAAAACUGUGGGGUUUAGGAGUUGGCCUGGGUUUUCCUGUUCCGUAUGUGUCUAACGUAGAAAGACUAUUUCCCCAAGCAGGGCUAACCUAAAGUGAUGCUGCAGGCUAGGCUAACUUAAAGUGAUGCUGCAGGCUAGGCUAACCUAAAGUGAUGCUGCAGGCUAGGCUAACCUAAAGUGAUGCUGCAGGCUAGGCUAACCUAAAGUGAUGCUGCAGGCUAGGCUAACCUAAAGUGAUGCUGCAGGCUAGGCUAACCUAAAGUGAUGCUGCAGGCUAGGCUAACCUAAAGUGAUGCUGCAGGCUAGGCUAACCUAAAGUGAUGCUGCAGGCUAGGCUAACCUAAAGUGAUGCUGCAGGCUAGGCUAACCUAUAGUAAAGCACGGUGACCUCCAACUGACAGGUUAAUCUUCAACCUCCCCUACAUCUCACAUCAGAUGUUUUUAGACUCAACGUUUCUCCUAGAUUUAGAUUAGCAUCAAAUACCAAAAAAACAGGUGGACGAAGAGACCCUACUGCUGCACGGGGCGGGGGGGAACCCAGGCCAAUUCCCAAUCUGCCCAUGGAGCUGGUCAGGUUGGCGUUGCAGGGUUGGAACAGGAUACGAGUCUCAUCCAUGGUCGGGGUCGGGGGGGGGGGGGACAUUUCCUGUAUGAUGUAAUAUUUAGAGUCUCUGUCAUGUGGUGUCCUACUCUUGUGAGAUAAUAUAUGAAAUGAAUCCAAAAACAACAUGGGAUUUAUUUAAUCGUGCAUCAUUUCACUGAACUGUUACCGGUUCCAAUCUGAGUGAAUUGUGCUCUGAAAGUAGACCGUUUCAGACUUCCUGCUCCUUGUGUAGUAUAUUAACCCCCCCCCCCCC